AUGUCCUCGUCGCCCAUAACGCAGGUUUCCCAGCAUGCUCCCCCUGCUCACUCCAACCUUCAACCCCAGCUUCUAACCCGUCUCUUUCUCGACCUACGUGGUCGUCGCUUCGAGGUCGACCGGGAAACAAUCAUGAACUUACCGGAGUCUGUUUUGCUCUGUCUCUUCCCCAACGGCCUGGUCCUCAGCAGACAGAGUGUGGCUCUCUCUGACGGCGGAGACGAGGAAGACGACGAGGUCUAUGGUGUUGACUUUGACCCCGACUGCUUCCAAUACGUCCUCACCUUCUUCCGGACCGCCUCAGAGGCCUUCUACGGAAAUGCGACGACCCCUGGACUUAUUUCUUUCCAACAACAUCUACUGGACGCCUCUCCGAACGGGUCGCCUGGCGCUGCUGACCUGCAGAGCCAAAAUCCGCUCCUGGCCAAGCAGGCCAUAAUUGUCCUGCGUGAAGAGCUUGAAUAUUUUACUAUUCCCCCGAAGAAUACUGCCGCCGCCACCGACGCCAACGGUAUUGCCAACGAGGACCUUAUCCAAAUCAAGCGUGAUGGUGGGGAGCACCUCAUGGAGAAGCGCAACAUCUUCACCGCCCUCCAACGGAAUGUCAACAAAGAAAAUAAUGUCGCUGAGCAACACCUCAUCGACAUGCUUUGCAUGAGUGGCUUCAAUCGUGACGACGAAUGGGGCUUCCGCGCCUUGGAGCCCUCGCGGUCGUGCAUAUCCUCAAUUGCACUCGUCCUACUAAAAACCGGCAUCAACCACUCGCCCGACCACAGCAAGCCUGUCGAGGUCGAUUACGCCCAGAUGGCAACUGCCCAAAAACUCCUGCUCUUCUGGCGGAAACCUGCCAGGAAAUGCUGGUGGGACGGUCUAGAGGUCGACCUCCCAGAGAAGGACGGCCGACCGGCACACUCGUUUAAGCUUUGGGCCCGUCGCGUUUGGACACUGGAGCUCAGUCUUGUCUAA